CUUACUAGCUUUACGUGUCUCUUUCUUUCCUUCCUGAGCAUCUCUGUAUCAGGGAACUUGCUUCGGACACUACAGAUGCUACUGUGCAGAACAAGACCAUUAGUUCGCAGAAAGCGAAGCCGAAGAAACCAUCUGCUAAGAAGAAGAAAACUGGAAGUCCAAGUGUUGCGCGUCGUCCUGCAGUUACUCUUGCAAAAACCGAUGUUCCAAUAUCGUCCCUUGAGAUCCCUACUGGACAUCCUUUGCCAACCGAAUCGGCGAAUCCUGACUCUG